AUGUCCGCGGGCUCAAGCGUGUUUGCGCCGCUCAACGGCCUCCUCGCCGCCACCAACCAAACGAGCGGCGUCGAUCGCGGGGCGGUGCUCUUCGUCGUGAUGGGCUCGCUCAGCCUCAUCGAGCGCUCUAUUCUGCAGCAGCAGACGUGGUGCCAGCACGCGACAUGCGUCUUCUCAUUGCUGCAAGAUGUCAAGCAAGCCGCCGGGCUGGCGGCGGCUGAGCGUGUGCUCAAGCAGGUGGCCAUGCGCACCCUCAAGCUCGACCGCUCACUCGUGUCCGGUCCGAGCGCAAAGGCAUGCUGCAAGGCCGACGAGGCGGGCAAGAACGAGUCGCAGGAGCGGCCGAGCCCGCUCCCGAGGCGGCUCACGGCGCCACGCAAGCAGUAUCUGCGUGAGUUCUCAAAGGAGGGUCCUCAAAGGUACUUUUGCGCAAAGCACGCGCAGGCAACGAUGACCGCGCAGUACCGCUUCCUGCCGGCGUUGCAUUGGGCGAGGGAGCAGUUGCGCACAAAGCGGUACGACUGGGUGGCUAUCGUCGACGACGACUCGUUCGUCUUCCCGCGCGCGCUCCAGCGCCUGCUGCAGCGGUACGACUCGAGCCGCGCAUACUACUUUGGCGACUUCCUCGGCGACGACGCGUUGACGUUUGCGUGCGGCGGCGCCGGCAGCUUGCUGUCCCGCGGCGCGAUGGCGCGCAUGAAUCUGAUCAAUUGUAUCCGCACGAUGCACCCGAAGUGCAUGCAGUCGGACUGGAUGAUUGGCAAAUGUGCCGCCAGGGCACAGGUCGAGCCCGUCACAGAGCACGGCUGCACGUGCACCGGGGACGGGCGGGGCAUCCGCGAGUGGAUGCUGCGCGGCAGCACGCCGCCCUUGCAUCUCAAGGCAGGGUUUAUCCACGGCAGCUGCCACUUCCUCCAAAAGAUGGGCUCUCCCGCGAAGGAUGCAAAGGUGUACCGUGAGCUAAACGACCUGGAGUCAACCCUGUUGGCCGCACGCAACAUCCCAGCCGUCGUACACGGCUUUGGGUCGAGAACCCUCGAACGACUCGCAAACAGCAACGCCAACGGGCAGCAAUGGACCGAGGUUGUGCGGAGCUGGGGAGACCGUGGCUCGUGA